UACUCCUGAAUAUUACCUCCAGCAUCUCCCUUUCUCACCUUUUCCCAACUGCCAAGCAUGUCUUCUCUCAAGGGCCCUGCUCCUCAGCACCACGACGGCUCCAGCCUUCGCAUCGGCAUCGUCCACGCCCGCUGGAACACCACCAUCAUCGACCCUCUCGUGGCCGGCGCAAAGGCCAAGCUGCUGGAGUGCGGCGUCAAGGAGUCCAACAUUGUGAUUCAGUCUUGCCCAGGCGCGUGGGAGCUUCCCAUUGCUGUUCAGCGGCUAUUUUCCGCCUCUCAAAUCCAGUCCAAUGCUUCCGGUGCUCCCUCAGCUACUGAUCUCCUCGGCGCUUCGACCCACGACCUAACCGCUCUCUCCGCCGGCGACUCCAGCGGACCCUUUGAUGCAAUCAUUGCCGUGGGCGUACUCAUCAAGGGCGAGACCAUGCACUUUGAGUACAUUGCCGACUCCGUCUCUCAGGGCCUCAUGCGCGUCCAGCUCGAUAUCGGCAUCCCCGUUAUCUUCGGCGUCCUGACCGUCCUCACUGACGAGCAAGGAAAGUCCCGCGCGGGUAUUAGCACGAGCCCUGAUGGCAAGGGCCACAACCACGGAGAAGACUGGGGCCUAGCGGCUGUGGAGAUGGGCGUCAAGAAGAACGAGUGGGCAACCGGAAAGAUCCAGGGCUAAAGCUACGUUUACAUACAGUAAAAAAAAAAAGAAGAUUAUUAUUUUCAAAGAAUUCAAAGGAGGAGAGAAAACACAACACUAGGGAAUUUGCGAGAAGCGAUUUU